UUCCACGAGAUGUCGUCGCUCGUCCGAUCAGCUUGUCCUGUCACCGCGCGGCUCGUUGCCACGGUAACCGCGGACGCCAAAACAGAUGUCACGUGGCCUCGCGCGACGCGCGAGAUCGUGCUCGGCACAGUUCCGCGCGGCAAAAGGGCCGGGGGGGCGAGAAGGAACGCAGCUUGUUAGGGGCAAAUCGUACGAACGAACAGUUUUGCACUGUUCGCUGAAAUUUAAGUGAUAAAUUACCGUACGCCGUGAACAAAUCGCGGUGAGAUCGGAGCGAGACCCAUCUCUUUCGUCUCCACGAUCGCGGGCAUGUCUUCCCCUCGCGUCGAUUUCGUCGCCGGGCCCGCGCGACGCUCGCAGGACCAGACCGAGGUGGAUUUCGGCCUCUGCUACGCGCACCCGGUGAUCGACGACGACCGGGACACGAGCGAGGUGCUCACGCGGAGUAAAAGAGCCGCGCGAGGAGCGCCGGACGGUAGGGACUCGUCGUCGGCCGAGGACGGGCUUUACGUUCCCGAGAGCCCGUUCACCGACAAGCUGGUCAAGCCUUAUCGGCUCGACGACGUGCGGCCGCCGGAGUACGAGUCGCGGCCGCGGUUCCGCGGGAAACUCGUCGAAAUCGCGGUGCGGGACGUGCGCGUGCACGCGCCGCCCGGGGAGGAUCGUCAGCCCGGGACGGCGCCCGAGAUCGUCUCGGUCUCCGUGCUCUUCAAGGGCAGGCCGGUCUGCGCGGCGAACGGCCCGUUCAAUCGGAAGCUGAACGCGCUACUGCUGAGGCACUCGGAGUGCCACAAUCUCGCGAUGCGGGUGCACGCGCGGCACGGGGCGUCCAGCGUGCUCCCGUUGCCGCUGCCCCGGCGCAGCGUUCGGGACCACAAGGUGGACAUAGAUUUCGCGAUCGGCAACGGCUCGGGGAUAAUAUACGCCGGGACUGUCGUCUGCACCGUCUCCCUGUCGACGUACGGCAGCAGCGAGCCCGAGGAGGAGAGCAGCGCGUGUCUUUACAGGCCGAGCAACGAUCCGAACGAUCCGCAGAACAGCCUCUCCCUAUCGCGGCCUCGCCGACGUUCCGCCGGUAGUAGCAAGGACGUCAAGUAUUUUCUGCUGACGGACCCGGCUCUGGUGUUCGACGCGGACGCUAGCGCGGCUCGCAGAGCGCCGCCGCCGUGCGCACCGAAGCCGCCGGACAUGGUGGUGACGGAGCAGUCCGCGUUCUCCCUGCUGGACGUGUCCCUGAAGAAUCUGUUCCAGGCUAGCCGGCCGCUCAGGCCGUCGUCCAGCGCUCGCAGGCAUCACCCCGUAGGGCGGACGAUCCUCGCCGUCACCGUGCUGCGAGGGGUGGAGGUGCCGGUGAGAGAGGAGUCGGCGCUGGUCAACCCCCUGCUGGAGGUGGGGUGGGGCAACGUCGUUCACGCGACCGCGACGGCGGAGGGGCCCGCGCCCAUCUGGCAGCAGACCAUGCACUUCGAGCUGCCCCGGCAGAACGGCGAGCACUGCGUGAAAUUCCGCCUGUACGAUCAGCACCCGGUCUGGGGCCAGCAGUGGCUGGGCGAGGCGAGGAUACCCCUGGAGAGUCACAGGAAUUAUCAGGAGCUCGAGCGCUGGGUCGCCCUGUCCCCCCUCUUCAGCCCGGUCUUGUCGUUCGGCUACGUGCAGGCCAGCCCGGGGCGCUCGCACACCCGGAUCUACGUGCUGAUGAGGCUGGAGCAGCCCGGUAACGCCAAGUCCCUGGAAGCUAACGCCGUCGAUACUUUGUUAAAGGGAAUCCAACGCUGCCUGGCGACGCCUUACAGAGUGGCCGGUGUAGAGACCCCCGACGACGCUGCGCGGCUCGCCAUGCUUCUACCGCCCUUGCCGAUGCACUACGGCCCGGUCCCGCCGCGCCAGGCCUUGAGCGUCAACAAGGUGGAUCACUACGGCAGAGCGGCCUUCCUGGCGACGCUGCUGCAAGGUUUCGGUUUGCAGUCGUAUGUAUUGUUAGGUUCUUCGCAAAUAAGCCGAUGGACCGCGUUUGUCUUGAGCAUCGACGGAAACGACGUCGUCCUGUGGGACCCCGAGAUCGGGGAUCGCUAUAAGUUGAGCGACAGUCGCUGUUCGCUGAUGAAAGUGUCCCGGUUGAUCAGUCACUCUGGCAUAUGGGAGAACAUGCAGAAAUCGAUUCUGCCUCACAAUUUGAGGUACAACGUGACGAUUAGCAAAGAUUGGCGGCCGCUCGUGACCGUCGCCACGUCGGCCAGCAAUCGAUCCGUUCAGACGUUGGAACCGACGGCGAUGCCGGUGCCCGAGGAAGCCGCGCAGGAGAAGGAAGGCGCGCCGGAAGUGGAGCAAUAUCUGCGGGACAAGUUGUCCGGCUGGCGCAGCGCCCUCGGUUUAACGACGAUAUUCAAUCGUCACGCGGUCAGCGUUUUGCGAAGCUUCGUUGCCGACAUUCCGAGCGACGUGGCGCGUCAGGUGGACAAGAGGGACCUGAAGCAAUUGUACAGAGCCUAUCACACGCACGGCUUCCUCCUGAACCUGCGCCAGACCGGCUUUGACGAACUGGCGGAGCAAAUAGCCGCCACGAAGGUUCACAAUAUCACGGGCCCCGUCGAAUUCGCUCUCGUUUGCCAUGUACAACGAUACGUUGGCAAGACGUGUUCGAUAUGGCUGGCACUGGCGAUUUUACGAAGCCGCGGUUAAUCGCGUCGAUGUAUGGAGGGAAGUCCCCUAUUAUAUAUUGUUUUUACUCGAAGUAAUUUUAUUAUCUUCAAGAUAUAUACAGCAAAAGAACACGGAUAAAAUUACUUUAAACAUAAUCUUUAAUAUCUAAUAAUUAAAAAUCAGAUGUUAACGAAUAAUAAUAAACUUUGUAAAAAAAAUCUUUCGUUGAAAGGACAAAUAAACGUAAACGUGAAGAAUCAA